AUGAUACUAGACCCUGUUGCUCGAUUUUCUGGUACAGAAGCGGACUACGGUCUCCAUGACGAGUUCAGCAGUUGCACGUUUGCUGACGACGAUUCAGGCGAGGGCGGUACGCAAGUCGAGGCGUCGAGCACGGAGCGAUACUGCUGCUACCUGCUUGUUUCUGAGUCAACGGAUAAAAGGGCGCGUAACAGGACGUACAUUGGUUUCACGACCGACCCGUCGCGACGUUUACGUCAACACAACGGAGAACUGAAGGGGGCUGGUGCGCAUCGGACUCGGGCGUUUAGGCCCUGGCGAUUACUGAUUUUCGUCGAGGGUUUCCGCUCGCAGGUACAGGCACUGCAGUUCGAGUGGCAGUGGCAGCACCCUCGGAACAGUCGAACGCAGCGACAACACCAAGCUGGGCUUGGUUCAGAAACAAGCAUCAAGCAGCCGUAUGGUAUAGCCGGCCGGUUGCAGGUGCUAGCGCGGUUGUUGGCCAUGCGCCCGUGGUGUUGCAUCGCUUUGCGUGUCGUGGUGCCAGACCGACACCGAACGAGUGAUCAACAAAAGCCACGUAUCGUGAGUGAGCGGUGGCUUGCUGCACUGCCCCUUUCGGUACGGAUCCUCCGCGAUGUGUCCGUGGUGGAGGCCGUGGCGAAGCAGCCGGACGGCAUCGGCAGUCUUCAUCGCCGCCGAGACUUGUCAACGCUUUGUUGCGUCUGCUUUACUCGUGAGCAGUUUGUUGAAAAAGGCCGUCGUAAGCGGUAUCCGCAGGCGACCGGCUACUGCCUCCACUGUACCGCAUCGUUUCAUUUGCAGUGCAUUGUACAGUAUGCAUGUGCAGAGCGCUUGCUCCCAGAGUCGGUGCAUUGUGCAAGGUGCCAGCAGCUGAUCGCCUGGGCGGAUGUGCUCCGUUCGGUCGACUUGGCGACAGCACCAUCGACCCACCUUGGCGCCGAGCUCGGAGAACGUCCCUCUCCCUCGACAUCGGCGUCCGUAUUCAGCGUCGACUAG